CUGUGGAGAAGUCCAUUUAAAACGGUAAAAGUGACUUCUUAAAACAACGUCGUAGCGGAAUUAUUCUUUGUAUAGAAGAUUAAAGUAUUGCAGAUCGAAUAUUGACUGCAUACGGGUUAAGUCGGAUCAAAUAACCAUAGCUGAAAAAGACAAGUCGGAAAUCGAUUAAAUACUUUGUAAUGUAGAGAUUUUUAACAAUAAAUAUUAGACCGGUUAACAUAAACGCUCGCCAAUUACAUGGAAACGUACGGACGCCAUGUUUGUUUUUCGUCGACUAGUUUGUUAGCUCGAGUUUAAAACGUAAACCUGCUCGAUUCAAAAUGGAACUUCGAUGUAUUGUAACAGAGUGAACAAUAAGUAGUUUGUUUGAUUAUCGAUCUGAAAUGAUUGAUUAGAUGAUAUUGAACUCCCAACGGAACAAUUUUAAGGAGGAUUUGCCCAACUAAUACGACAUAAACUCGAAAUGGAGCCGGCUAAUACGAAAUUUAACGCCAAUGGCAUCGCGAUGACCUACGAUCCGAGCAAGGUCAGCCUGACGGACAUUGACCCGGUGUCGAAGUUACCGUACCUCCACGAGUCAUUCGUCCUACACACGUUCGUACCCAUUCGUUACGUGAGACGACAGAAGCCGUUCGACGAUGCCAAUUUCGUCGGACUCUAUCCGGAAGGCUACCGGAUUCCCACGAUCCUGACGAAAGACAGCAAGUUCAAUGUCGUCAAGAAGACGACGUUCGAUGACGCGGUCGUCUGUUUUAUGGUCGGCACAGAAACCGUUGGACAAGACGAGAACAAGACACCGACGAUAGACUGCGUCACGAACCAUCAGUAUACGCGGCCCGGAUAUUUGAAUCUGAACGCAAAAGGCGCAGCCCGUCAAUCAAAAAGCGCGCCCGCGAUCUCACGUGAACGCACUAAGACUAUGUUGCAAUCGGCGGUUUCGACGCGAGGCACGACAUCAAAGACGUAUCUAAAAAACCAGAACAAGCAGCAAGAGGAGUCCGAAAUAGCGGAAGACAACGAACCGCUGACCCCGAGGACCUUUUCCGCGACGCCCGCACCGAAGGCGAAAAGAAAGAAGCUGCCGGAUAACAUCGAAUACGCCUUGGCGCUCAAGCAUCCGGAGUGGCCGGAAGUUGCCGCCGAGUGGGAGUCUCGGGCGCGUAACUGCGGUUGGCCGGGAAAGAGGGUGGAGAAGAAAAUCGUUUCCGGAGGUUGUCACGUGACUCCCGGCGCUCAUCCAAAGAGCGAGGACCCGGAUCUAGAGUGGGAGUAUACGUUUUUUGAAGCGGAACGCGUGAUGGACAAAGAGGCCGUGUCGUCUGUUCAGCGGCAAUGCUUCAUUGUGUUCUGUCUGCUGUGCGCGGACUGCCUGGAUAAGAAAUCCGUAAGUUUACGGCAGCUGAAAUCGGUGUUCUAUUUUAUGUGCGAAACUACGGACCCGCAAAUAUGGCGGUCGAAUAAAGCCGUCUGCGUUAACGCGCUUCUUGAUAGUCUGCUAGACUGUGUGCGAAGUGGAAAUCUGCCGGACUAUUUUAUUCCUAAAAAUAACACGCUUAGUCACGUGGACAAAGAGAAAAUGGUCGAACUCGAAUCAGACAUUUCGAAAAUACGCAACAAUCCUGCGGACGCCCUUUUAGAAAAGACCGAAACUUGUGCAUUUGUUAAUAUUUUUCCAUUUUAUUGCAAAGUUCGGGACUUGUUUAAACCUUUCAUGGCAGACGCGGAAGAAUUUGUGAAAAAGAAGGACAUCGAACAAUCUGCGCGCGCACUUUGUACUGUGACAGACGAACUUUGCAAUAGCUUCUAUUUGGAUCAAGGAUUUCAAGCUUUUGAAGAUAUGUUCGAAGAAAUUGGAAUUUACGUUUCAUCGUUGAUUGCGCACGGCGUUUCGGGAUUUGAAGAAACCAUCGAAUACUUUAUUAAACCGUUACAGGGCGAUGCAGAAGCCUCGAAACACCUUCAAGCGUUACCGGAAAUAUUGAGUCAGAAAAAUAUCGCCUUAAGCGAAACACUGCCUACUUCUGAAAUUUGGCGCCCGAUUCGAAUGUGUCGUCUGCUGAUACAGAAAUUUGCAAACGACAAAACCGGAUCACACCUUUUCGACCAUCUUGGUUGCAUGUAUCACUCCGCCUCGAAGUCAAACGACGAGCAACGACAAGACGCUCUGCAGCGCGCAGACGCUGCAUUCAAGGAGGCGCUUGGAAAGGAGGAUUGUGGCAUUGGAACGUACGUGGAUUAUGGACGCUUUCUUUGCAGAACCAAGCGCUUUGAAGACAGCAUUCCGCUGCUGCGGAAGGUCAUUUUAAAGGAGAACAAAAAGCCGGAGAGUAUAAACUACUACGGGAAAAUGGAGUCGCUCGUAUCAGACGAAUUUAUGAAGAAAGAAAUAACUUCUUCGGACGGUUUUGAAAUAUUUAGCGUCUCGUUUUCGUACUAUUUAAUGUGCGAGUGCUAUAUAAAACUGAAAAAGAAGCAAGAUUUUCUUAAGACCAUGAAGCAGUUCGAAGAACUUUGCGCGGAAAUUCAAGAUGCGAACUCGUAUUCGUUGCUAGGUUACACCGCUAUGAAAGUUCACCAGUUCAAAAAGGCGCAUGCGCAUUUCAAGAAGGUCCAAGAACUGCAACCGGACAAUAAUUUAGUCCUGGAAAAUACUAAAAGCUGCUCGAAGUACGAUUCUAAGAACGUAUCCGAUGAAAGUUUGGACUUGUCGAAAACUAUGGAAAAGUUGAAAUUCUGAAGAAUGCUUGUUGUUGUUCACAUAUAGUCGUGCAAUUCCGCAUUGGCAACUCGCAGUUUUAGUAAUAAGAUCAUUUUAAAGUAACAUAAAAUUACAACGGAUAACUGCACGCUUGUAACUCGAGCUGAAAGGUUCCGCAGGGAUAAUGACACAACGUUCUUCGGCUCAGGCACUCGUACGGACAUAGCCUUUCUAGCGAAUUACAAAAAUAACAGACAAACCAUCUCUUGGCUAUUUAAUGCAUUGGUAGUUAUGUUCUAGUUUACCACAGUGUUCAGACUAAAGAGUGUAAACGUGACCUAUGAUAUCUACCGUCACUAAGUAAAUGAUGUUAACAUUGCAUGCACGUAUUUGUAAAAUUCUUUUUACACUGAUGCACGUUUAUGGAUAGAGUAAAUUUUUAAUACUUAAACGCGUGUUGUUUGUGUGUUUCUCAAUGAACAAACAGUUUACAAGUACAAAGCGAACAUAAUAAUGCGAGUAACGGGCAAAUGCUAAACUCUGAUAAAGAAUUAAACAAAAUAUCAGUGGAACCUCUUUAAAUCUAACGCUUCCGGACCAACUAGAAAUUCGGAUAUAAAGAAAAGGCGGGUCUGGUUUGGAGGCGAAAUGA